AGAACACUCUAUCCGUUUUUUUUAGAUGAAAAAUCCGGACCUCAUUUUAGCAUUUUAGAGGUCCAGACCCGGGCCUUUGCCCCUUGUCACCACACCACACAGCUUUCGUCUUUCUCUUAGCUGCGAUUUUGAGAAAAUUUUGGAGCUCCUCUCUCCUCUCCCUGUCUCUCAAAUCUGUCAAUUUUUACUGCCUUCUGAUUUUCUCUCUUUCUCUCCCCUCUCCCUCUCUCUCUGCAAUAUCCAAAACAUAGGGUUUUUGUUGGAUUUGUUCCCAAAGUUUUUGACGCGCAACCGUCAAUCUGGGACUCAUCUUCAUACGUUCUAUCUCCUAGGGUUUGUAGAUCCAAGCGAGUUAUAAUUCAUCAUGUUUUGGAAACUUACAGCUCUAUCUGCUUCUUCACCUGUUGAGUCAGUCUUGGACAAAGAAAAUUUCACAUUGGAAGAGCUCUUGGAUGAAGAAGAUAUUAUUCAAGAAUGCAAAGCAUUGAAUAGCCGUCUCAUUAAUUUCUUGCGAGACAGAGCCCAGGUUGAACAACUAUUGCAGUAUAUCAUAGUUGAGUCUCAAGAGGAUGCUGAUAGCAAACGUACAUUCAAGUUUCCGUUCAUUGCUUGUGAGAUAUUCACAUGUGAGAUUGAUGUAAUCUUCAAAGCGUUAGUUGAGGACGAGGAGCUAAUGAAUUUACUUUUCUCCUUCUUGGAGCCAACACGUCCACAUAGUGCCUUGCUGGCUGGGUACUUCAGUAAGGUUGUGAUAUGUCUCAUGGUACGCAAAACGGUUCCACUUAUGAAUUAUGUUCAAGCCCAUCAGUAUGUUUUCCAGCAGCUAGUUGAUUUAAUAGGAAUUACAUCAAUAAAGGAGGUGUUGGUGAGACUUGUUGGAGGUGAUGAUCAUAUGUAUCCCAAUUAUGCAGAAGUUAUGCAAUGGUUAGCAGACAGCAAUCUGUUAGAAAUGAUCGUGGAUAAACUGAAUCCAUCUGCUCCUCCUGAAGUACAUGCUAAUGCAGCCGAAACUUUAUGUGCUAUAACCCGAACUGCUCCAUCUCCACUUGCCUCUAGGCUUUCAAGCUCAAGUUACGUUACAAGGAUAUUUGGUCACGCAUUGGAAGACUCACACUCAAAAUCAGGACUUGUCCACUCAUUAUCUGUGUGCAUAUCCUUAUUAGAUCCUAAAAAAUCAGCCCCUUCAUCUAUAUUCAAUUCUUUUCGAGGUCAACACAUGUAUGAAUCACCCGUACAAGUCAACCAGGAGACUGUAGGUGCAAUGCUGCCAAAACUUGGUGACUUGUUGAUGUUAUUGAAUGUGUCGCUGGAUGAUAAAAUUUUAGCAACUUCAUAUGGGCAAUUGAAGCCUCCUCUAGAAAAGGAAUUAAUUGCAUCUGGAACUAUUCAAAGAGUUCUUGAUCUUUUCUUUGAGUACCCAUUUAAUAAUGCUUUACAUCAUCAUGUUGAAAGCAUAAUAUAUUCCUGUUUAGAAAGUAGAAAUGACACCAUGAUGGAUCAUCUAUUUCAAGACUGUUCUCUGAUAACAAAGAUCCAACAAGCAGAUAAUUAUCCCACCCUUAAUCAGCCAACGUUGGUGGCUUUGGGAAGAAAUCCACCUCGAGUUGGAAACCUGGGACACGUGACACGUAUUGCCAAUAAAAUCAUCCAGCUGGCAAACAGUGAUAGCCGUAUCCAGACACACAUUAAGGAAAGUAGUGAAUGGAGCGAAUGGCAGACUACAGUUCUACAGGAACGUAACAUGGUUGAAAAUGUGUACCGAUGGGCUUGCGGGCGGCCAUCUGCACUGCAAGAGAGAAGUAGGGAUAGCGAUGAAGAUGAGAUUCAUGACAGAGACUAUGAUGUUGCUGCUUUAGCAAAUAAUCUAAGUCAAGCAUUUCGAUACAACAUAUACGACGACAAUGAAGAAACUCAAGAGGGUCACGGAACUCUUAAUCGAGACGACGAGGAUGGUUACUUUGAUGAUGAAUCAGCUGAAGUUGUGAUAUCAUCGUUGAGGUUAGGUGAUGAAGAAGGCAGUCUGUUUACGAAUUCAAAUUGGUUUGCUUUUGAAGAGGAGAGAAUGAGAAUGGGGGAGGGGGAGGCUACCUCACAUUCUGAAGCAAUGGAUGAGAUCAAUUUGAAUGGAAGUGGCACAUCUAACAGCAGUGAUGAUGAAGUGAUGGUUGAUAAAAAAAAUCCGUUUAUUGAAGAGGAGAAUGUAAUAAACGGAGAUUUGAAUGAUAAGGAGAAGGGGGAGGAGGAGGAUCUGUUUGCAGAUAGGCCGAUGCCAGAAUGGGGAUCAGGAGGAGGAGGAGGAGGAGGGGUGAAUCCGUUUCUGGAUUACGAAAAUACAUCCUCUGUAGCAAAAGCAAAUGCAAAUGCAAAUGGGUCAAAUGAAAAGGGUGGUGGUUUGUUUGAAGAAGAUGUGGAGUUUGUAGGGGUAGAAUUGGAAUUAGAAGGGAGUGAAAAGGCCAUGGAUGGGGCUCUUAAGGAGGGGAUUGUUGGGGAAGCAGGGCCUUUGAAAAAGCAGGAGGUGAUUCCUGAAAAAGAGGAAAACGAGUUGAAGAAGGAUUUUAAUGAUUCAAACUACUGGAGGGUUGACCCCGACCCCAAGCUUGAUGUUUCUGAGUGA